CCUGCCGGAACCGCCUCUGCUCUCUCUGCACGACCACACUGACUGACGCAGCCGCUGCUCUUCACCUCAACCCUCCUUUGACCGGCGACCUGCACCUCUGCUCUCCUUCGCGGAAACCCAGCUGUCCUCCUUCCUCUUCCCUCCACUCCGUCGUCCAUAUUCCCUCCCCUUCCUCCCCCCUCCCUCUCUCCACUGCCCUUUGUUCCCACGCCUCAAGACGUCCGUUCGUCGUCGUUUGUCCAAUUGUGCAGAGCCAGGCGUCGACAAUGGCAACCGCUGAGGUUCAUCCCGUGGAUCGGCCCGCCGAGGUUGCCAACAAGGUGCUCAGGAGAGCCCAAGUUUCAAAGAUGACCAGAGCCCUUCAGGAUCGCCUUGCUCUGGCCAACAUCAAGGUCAAGCAGGGCUGGGAGAAGUACAGCAUCGAAACGCUCGAGCCCAAGAUCGAGCUCGAACUCAAGCGCAAGCGACCGGCGUCCAGCAACGGCGCGCCGUCAGACACCUCCUCGUCGGUGUCCGAGCGCUACUAUCACAGUUCUCGCGGCGUGCUGGAUUCCUCCCCGCUGACGGGGCCCAUGUUCUCCGACGACUUUCCCCGUUCCGGUUCGUCGUACGGUGGCCGGAAGCGGGCGCGAUACCAACAGCAUCCGCUGCCGCACUACCCAGCGUCGAGCAAUCACGCAAGAGUCAGAGUCAAGGGCAUGCAUCACAAGUCGAGCUCGUGGAAGAGCAACUACCGCCUGCCGGAGUCAAGUCCUGCGUACCACAGUCGGCACGUACGGUACAGCGACUCCCACGUGCCGCGCCUGUCCUUCAUAUCCGAAACCAGCACUGUUGCAGAGCGAUCGCCGUCGCCGACGUCCGAGCAGGACGACGAGGACCUGCCCGUCAUGAGCUUCCAGACCAACAUCACGUCUUCGCCCCCACAGCGCAUCCUGCGGACACCUUCGCCUGACAUCGCUCGCUCCGCGCGGCUGAGGAGCAAACCGUUCCCCAAUGCGCACGUUGGCCAAGAUGGCGAGGAUUCUGGCGCAGAUUUGCUCAUGUUCCUCGCUGCGUCGCCGUCGCCAGCCGUCCCAAGGGGGGCGAGAACACCUCGCUUGAACAACCCGCCUUCCACACCGCCGCCCAAAAGCACGCCGUUGCCUUCGAGUAUGAUGAACACACCUGGCGGAAGCAACGCUGGCUUCCUCGGAUUUGGCACCACGACACCCGGUCCGACCUUCAACUUCUCAGAUUACUUGAACGUCACGCCGUCGCCGGCACAGGCGGCGUGGCGCACUCCGGCCGCAAGCAAGACCCCGCUGACGGCAAGGGCUGGCACACGCCGGAGACUCAACUUCGACAACUUGAUGCCGCCCAGCUCGGGCGAGAGUCCAAGAAUCGGACAUGAUUCAAAGCUGAGCGGGCUGGGUAUGGAGCUUGGCGGAGAGCUGGUCUCUUCGCAGUGAAAGAGUCGCCAGCUCGAUGCGACGACGCUUUGGCUGAAGAGACUGCUUACGAUGGAACGAGCUGAACAGAGUAUGAAGGAAAUCUUCUUGGUCGCUUCUGAACGGCGGGAAUGACCAAGAGGAAAGUGCAAAACCUACCAUCACCGCCACCAGUCUUACACAACAUUUUACCUGGACGUUUUACACACUUGCGCCUCGACGGAACACGCAUUUCUUGGCCUAGCUUUGCUGUCACUGCAUUCGACAUCCCUUUUUUUUUUUGACGACUAUCUUGUAAUGGCAAAUACAUCCUAUGUCGGAUACGGAUUCAUGGAAGCCGCAUAAGCAACGAGCAUGUCCUAUUAUUUUUCUUGGUCAGAUCGCCGUCGAACUUUUACGUUCUGCGAAUUGGCUGGAGCUCUUUUCAGCGCCGCUGCGAGUCCGUAGCGCCCCCACAUGUAAGAUUGGGAAAUCCUUCUCUCACCCUUGGCACGAGCGACAUCGUAAGGAGUGAGGAUGAGGGGGAAAAAAAACCUCUCCCAUGAGUACAUCAAAUCCGUGUAUGUAGUUUAAGCGAAUUGAAUAUUCAAAGGCUCCGACGCGCCGUCAAAUCCUGACGGCAAAGGAGCAUAGCAAUACAAAUACGAACCUGC